ACAAAAGACUUAUCAAUCGAAUGAAAAGUCGAAAAGUGUUUUUGUCAAAUCAUUGCAUUCAUUUGGAUUUUCAUUAUUUUCAUGAAUUUAGUCUUGUUAAUUAAUUGAUUGCAGUUUGUAAAGUGAAAAAAUAUAAAAUGAAUAUCACAUCGGCAGCAGGGAUAAUAUCCCUGCUCGACGAACCCAUGUCCGAAGUAAAGGAGUUCGCUUUAAAGAGGUUGGAUAACAUCGUUGACGAAUUUUGGCCAGAAAUAUCAGAGUCCAUUGAGAAGAUCGAGAUCUUGCACGAAGAUAAAGUGUUUACACAGCAUCAGCUGGCAGCGUUGGUCGCUAGUAAAGUUUAUUACCACUUAGGUGCGUUUGAGGAUUCGUUGACGUACGCAUUGGGAGCUGGCGAUUUGUUCGACGUAAAUGCACGAAACGAAUAUGUGGACACAACUAUUGCAAAAGCUAUUGAUUUCUAUACCCAGAAGAGGAAGGCAUUGUUCGUGGAUAGUUCUGGGGAGGCCAUUGACCCUCGAUUGGAGGCUAUAGUGAAUAGGAUGUUCCAGAGGUGCCUGGACGAUGGGCAGUAUCGACAGGCGCUAGGGUUAGCGCUGGAAACCCGCCGGAUGGACAUCUUUGAGCAGUCUAUCAUGAAAUCUGAUGAUGUUGCUGGUAUGCUUCAGUAUGCUUUCACAGUGGCAAUGAGUCUCCUCCAAAACAGGGGAUUCCGUAGUACCGUCCUCCGGUCCCUAGUGGGUCUGUACAGAGGUCUCAACAUCCCGGACUAUGUCAACAUGUGUCAGUGUCUAAUCUUCCUGGAAGACCCUCUAUCAGUGGCUGAAAUAUUAGACAAACUUACAUCAGGUCCACAAGAGUCUGUUCUUAUGGCCUAUCAAAUAGCCUUUGACUUAUAUGACUCAGCUACGCAACAAUUUCUUGGCAGAGUUCUACAAGCUUUGAGGACAACUGCCCCCAUCCCUAGUGCCCUUGGUGGAAAGCCACAACCACAAGGUGGACCAUUCCCAGAAGCAGCUAUGGAAGUUGAAACACCUGCUGAAGAAGCCAAAAGUUCAGAAAGGAACAUUGAUAGCCUGAAUGACGAAGAAAAAGAACAUCAGAGAAGGGUAGAAAAAUUAAUCUCAAUUUUAGGUGGAGAUGUCUCCAUCGGAUUACAAUUACAAUUCUUAAUAAGAUCAAAUCAUGCUGACAUGCUUAUACUGAAGAACACUAAGGAUGCCAUCAGAGUAUCCAUUUGUCAUACAGCCACGGUUAUAGCUAAUGCUUUUAUGCACGCUGGAACAACAAGUGAUCAGUUCCUGAGAGACAAUCUUGAGUGGUUGGCUCGGGCCACCAACUGGGCUAAACUAACUGUGACAGCAUCACUUGGAGUCAUACACAGAGGUCAUGAGAAUGAAUCCUUAGCCCUCAUGCAAUCUUAUCUCCCUAAAGAAGCUGGUCCCUCAUCUGGCUACUCUGAAGGUGGUGGUUUAUAUGCUCUUGGAUUAAUCCAUGCUAACCAUGGUGCGAAUAUCAUUGAUUACCUUUUAACUCAAUUAAAAGAUGCCCAAAAUGAAAUGGUUCGCCAUGGUGGCUGCCUUGGCUUGGGUUUAGCUGCUAUGGGCACUCAUCGCCAAGAUGUUUAUGAACAACUCAAGUUUAAUCUCUAUCAAGAUGAUGCAGUUACAGGCGAGGCUGCAGGAAUUGCCAUGGGUAUGGUCAUGUUAGGCUCGAGACAUGCUGCAGCCAUUGAAGAUAUGGUUGCAUAUGCACAGGAAACUCAACAUGAGAAGAUCCUCAGAGGUUUGGCAGUAGGCAUAGCCUUCACUAUGUAUGGAAGACUUGAAGAAGCUGAUGCUUUAGUCCAGCAAUUGUUAAGAGACAAAGAUCCACUUUUGCGGCGUGCAGGUUGCUAUACCAUAGCAACUGCUUACUGUGGAACUGGAAACAAUGAUUCAAUACGUACACUUCUUCAUGUUGCUGUAUCUGAUGUUAAUGAUGAUGUUCGUCGUGCAGCUGUAACUGCUCUUGGUUUCUUACUCUUCAGGACACCAGAACAAUGUCCUUCAGUAGUUUCACUUUUGGCGGAAUCUUACAAUCCUCAUGUACGCUAUGGAGCAGCAAUGGCACUGGGAAUUGCUUGUGCUGGCACAGGAAAUCGUGAGGCAAUUGGCCUCCUAGAACCAAUGGUCAAAUUUGACCCUGUCAAUUUCGUGAGGCAGGGUGCAUUGAUUGCUUCAGCUAUGAUUCUUAUACAACAAACUGAAACAUUGUGCCCUAAAGUUACAUAUUUCCGUCAACUGUAUGCUCAAGUUAUCUCAAACAAGCACGAAGAUGUGAUGGCAAAAUUCGGAGCCAUUUUAGCUCAAGGCAUUAUUGAUGCUGGUGGGCGUAAUGUUACGGUUUCUCUUCAGAAUAGAACUGGCCACAUGAACAUGUUAGCUGUUGUGGGCAUGCUAGUAUUCACUCAAUACUGGUACUGGUUCCCUCUCGCCCACUGCCUGUCUUUGGCCUUUACUCCUACCUGCUUGAUUGCUCUCAACUCUGACUUGAAAAUGCCUCAGCUAGAUUUCAAGUCUAAUGCCAAACCUUCUCUGUAUGCUUAUCCUGCCCCUCUGGAAGAGAAGAAGCGUGAAGAAAGAGAACGAGUUACUACUGCAGUGUUGAGCAUUGCCGCAGCAAGAGCUCGCAGGCGCGCUCACGGUACUGAAGGGUCGACUGGCAGCGCUUCCUCAUCUUCAACUUCUAAAAUGGACGUAGAUGAGGACGAAAAAAAGCCAUCAAAAUCCCCAAACCCAAAUAUUACAGUUCAUGGCAAGACAGAAAAAGAUUCAGGCUCAUCUAAAGAUGGGAAGAAGGAGGAAAAAGAUGGAGAUGAGAAAGAAACAAAGGAAAAGAAGGAACCUGAACCAACAUUUGAAAUUUUGAAUAAUCCAGCUCGAGUAAUGAGACAGCAACUGAAGGGGCUCACUAUUGUGGAAGGUUCAGGAUUUACACCAUUGAAAGACAUUACGAUUGGUGGAAUUGUAAUGUUGAACCACUCUGGAGAUAUCGAGCAAGUACUUGUUGAGCCUGUUGCAGCCUUUGGACCCAAGACAGAGGAAGAAAAAGAACCUGAGCCACCAGAGCCUUUCGAAUACUUGGAUGAUUGAUAUAGUCUUUUUGGCUAAAGUUAUUCAUGUAUUCUUAUCUAUAGAAAAUAAACAUAAUAUAAAAUGUAUUGAACAAGUUAUGAUAACUAGAACGUAAAAUGUUAAAGUACAUUGAAUUACUAACAAAAGCAGAAUAAAUGUUUUUCUUCUCUCAUCUCAAUAAAUAUAUUAUGUCCAUA